AUGGGAAACCUUUGCGGUGGCCCAGCCACGGCGCCGGACGGCAAGGCCAAGAUUCAUGGUUUGACCCUCUCCUGCAACGCCAUGUCGCCGGUACUCUUUGCCCAAGACACAGGUAUUGGUGCCUUUGAGUUCUGCGACCUCAUGUCGGGUGCACACUUGAAGCCUGAGUUCUUGGCGAAGAACGCCUUCCACACGAUCCCGACCUACGAGGGUGCAGAUGGCUUCACCCUUGGGGAGUCCAAUGCCAUCUUGCGCUACAUGGCCGCGAAGUAUGCCCCGGCUUACUAUCCGGACGACCCGAAAAUGAGAGCCCGAAUCGAUUGGGCCAUGGACGCCAUGGGAACCUCGGUGUAUCAGAAGUGGCUCCAAAGGACCUACCCAAUCUUGGGCUUUGGCUCACACCCCGCGGACCAGGCGAAGGUGAACGAAGAGCUCAGCGAGAUCCUGAGCUGUUUCAAGAAGACCUUCAUCGGCCAAGGCAAGUACAUUUGUGGGGACAAGCUCACCAUCGCAGACUACAAGGUGAUGCCUUACUUGCAUUGCGCGAUGCAGCCCAUGAUCAAGCAGAAAUCCGGCAUUCAGAUUGACCCCCGUCUGGAACAGUAUGUGAAGGAUUGCAUGGCGGCAAUGCCAUCCUCAUCGAUGCUGAAGGCGGCUGACGGCUUCGGCGUGGAGGAGUUCCUCGCCACCAAGACCGAUCUUCCAAACUAUGCGGGCUCUGUGGUCACAUGUGGAAGCGGGCCGACAGCAGGAGCCAUGAAGACAGGCGCGGCCAAGGCUGGCGAGAAGGCGGCCAAGAUCCAUGGUAUGCCGGUGUCUGCGAACUGCACAGGAUCGCUGAUGCUUGCAACGGAGACUGGUGUCGGCGCCAUGGAGCUCUGUAAUCUGAUGGAGGGUGCCCACAAGAAACCGGAGUUCCUGGAGAAGAAUCCUUUCCACCAGAUUCCGACAUACGAGGGGUCGGAUGGGUUCUGCAUCGGGGAAGGCAAUGCGAUCAUGCGCUUCAUCGCCUCGAACUAUGCACCGCAGUAUUACCCCGGCGACGCAGAGAACCGUGCCAAGAUCGACAUGGCCAUGGAUCUGUUCAGCACGGGUGUGUACCAGAAGGUGGCGGUCGCCGUCGUCUAUCCGGUGAUGGGCUUCGGGGCGCCGCCGGCAGACCAAGCCAAGGUCAACAGCACCGCCACUGAGGCCCUCGGCAUGGUAGAGAAGACAUUCUUCAAGACGGGGAAGUUCCUUGUUGGGUCGCAGCCGACGAUUGCUGACUUCAAGGCACUUCCCUUCCUCUACGCAGCCAACCAACCGGCCGUCAAGAAGAAGACCGGCUUCACCUUGCCUCCUCGUUCCACGACCUAUGAGUUGGGCUAA